GCUGAACGAGCGAGCGAGAGAAAGAAAGAAAGAGCGAGCGGGGGAUGCUACGCUCAGAUCGUGAACGGCUCGCUCGAACGUGCCGUCUGUCUUUUGCCCGCUGAGUUUGAAGCCAUCGGGAGGCUGAGGGACGAGAGGGAAAUCUGCCUGGUGAGGUGGCUCACUCUCGCGCACACAGUUGCAGCUUCCAGAGAUCUCUCCGGGCACUUACGCUUUCGCUCUCUCUCUCUCUUUCGUCAGUUGUUUCCUUUUCUAUCUCUCUUUCUCUUUUUUUCACCACCUCCCUUGCUGAGCCAGUAACAGAGGCAGCGUUGGCACAUGCAACAGGGUGCAGAAGGAAACUCUUUCAUCGUUCCAUCUUUUUCUCUACUCUCGCUCAGAGGAGAAGAAGAAAGGAAGGGAAGAAAAAAAGGGGUCAGGAAAGAGAUAGAGAUGCCCUAACAUCGUUUCCGAGAGACAGACCCAUCCGGUUACACAGCUGCAAAUCCCACUUUUCCACACUAGUUCUGGCUUUUCGAGUUCCGCACAAGUUCAAGACUAAAUCAACAGUGGAAGGAUUUUUGUACUUUCUACUUUUGUAGUCCAGUUCUGAAGCCAUGACCAAGCGCAACAAGUGGGAAGGAAGGAUGGAGGCCUUCAGGGCGAGCUCCAACCGCGAGGAGGCACAGGGGCCCGGACGCCCCACCACCAGAGGGCGCUUCUCAGAAUCCUGGAGGAGAAUCAGCUCCAGACAGGGGUCCACCAAGAGGCUGGGACUGUCUGCGCAGCAAGCAGCGGCUCAGAAGUCGUGGAUCGAGAGAGCUUUCAGCAAGAGAGAAUGCGUGCAUAUCAUCGUCAGCACCAAAGACCCCCAUAGGUGCUGUUGUGGGCGUCUCAUUGGCCAGCAUGUGGGCCUGCCUCCCAGCAUCUCGUCCAAUCAGAACGACAAAUCGGAGCGUGUGACGAAGAACGACAGCUUGUCUGAGAAAUGGUCGAUCAGCAAGCACACGCAGCUGAGUCCCACCGACGCCUUCGGGACCAUCGAGUUCCAGGGAGGGGGGCACUCCAACAAAGCAAUGUACGUGCGGGUUUCCUACGACACCAAGCCGGACCUUCUGCUCCACCUGAUGACCAAGGAGUGGCAGCUAGAGCUUCCCAAGCUGCUCAUCUCCGUCCACGGGGGUCUCCAGAACUUCGAGCUGCAGCCCAAACUCAAGCAGGUGUUCGGCAAGGGUCUCAUCAAGGCCGCCAUGACCACCGGAGCCUGGAUCUUCACCGGUGGGGUUAAUACAGGGGUUAUCAGGCAUGUGGGGGAUGCGCUAAAAGACCACGCCUCCAAAUCCAGGGGCAAAAUCUGCACCAUCGGCAUCGCUCCCUGGGGUAUAGUGGAGAACCAGGAGGACCUUGUGGGCAAAGAUGUGGUCCGGCCGUACCAGACCAUGUCCAAUCCGCUGAGUAAACUGACGGUUCUGAACAGCCUGCACUCCCACUUCAUCCUGGCAGAUAACGGCACCACCGGCAAGUACGGCGCCGAGGUCAAGCUCCGCCGGCAGCUGGAGAAGCACAUCUCCCUGCAGAAGAUCAACACCCGAAUUGGCCAGGGGGUCCCCGUGGUGGCUCUGAUAGUUGAAGGUGGUCCCAAUGUGAUUUCCAUCGUGCUGGAGUACCUGCGUGACACGCCCCCUGUGCCCGUAGUGGUGUGUGAUGGCAGUGGGCGAGCCUCGGACAUCCUGGCAUUUGGCCACAAGUACUCAGAGGAGGGGGGGCUGAUUAACGAGUCGUUGCGGGAUCAGCUGCUGGUCACCAUUCAGAAGACGUUCACGUACAGCCGCACCCAGGCUCAGCACCUCUUCAUCAUCCUGAUGGAGUGCAUGAAGAAGAAGGAGCUGAUCACAGUGUUCCGGAUGGGUUCAGAGGGACACCAGGACAUUGACUUGGCCAUCCUGACGGCUUUGCUGAAAGGCGCCAACGCUUCAGCUCCGGACCAGCUGAGCCUGGCUCUGGCCUGGAACCGUGUGGAUAUCGCCCGCAGCCAGAUCUUCAUCUAUGGACAGCAGUGGCCCGUGGGAUCACUGGAGCAGGCCAUGCUGGACGCGCUGGUUCUGGACCGGGUGGACUUUGUGAAGCUGCUGAUUGAGAACGGUGUGAGCAUGCACCGGUUCCUCACGCUUUCCCGACUGGAGGAACUCUACAAUACGAGGCACGGACCUUCCAACACCCUGUAUCACCUCGUCAGAGAUGUGAAAAAGGGGAACCUUCCACCCGACUACCGCAUCAGCUUGAUUGACAUCGGAUUGGUCAUUGAGUACCUGAUGGGCGGGGCCUAUCGCUGCAAUUAUACACGCAAGAGGUUUCGAACUCUCUACCACAACCUGUUCGGCCCUAAGAGGCCAAAGGCCUUGAAGCUGCUUGGAAUGGAGGACGACAUGCCUAUCCGACGAGGGCGCCAGAAGACCACGCGGAAGCGAGAGGAGGAGGUGGACAUCGACCUGGACGACCCAGAAAUCAACCACUUCCCUUUCCCCUUCCACGAGCUGAUGGUGUGGGCGGUGCUGCUGAAGAGGCAGAAGAUGGCGCUGUUCUUCUGGCAGCAUGGCGAGGAGGCCAUGGCCAAGGCUCUGGUGGCGUGUAAGCUGUGUAAGGCGAUGGCGCACGAGGCCUCGGAGAACGACAUGGUGGAGGACAUCUCGCAGGAGCUCAAUCACAACUCCAGGGAGUUCGGGCAGCUGGCGGUAGAGCUGCUGGAUCAGUCCUACAAGCAGGACGAGCAGAUGGCCAUGAAGCUGCUCACCUACGAGCUGAAGAACUGGAGCAACGCCACCUGCCUGCAGCUGGCUGUAGCCGCCAAGCACCGCGACUUCAUCGCCCACACGUGCAGCCAGAUGCUCCUUACGGACAUGUGGAUGGGGCGGCUUCGCAUGCGCAAGAACUCCGGCCUCAAGGUGAUCCUAGGCCUGCUGUUGCCUCCUUCCAUCCUGAGCCUGGAGUUCAAGAACAAGGACGAGAUGUCAUACAUGCCUCAGGAGCAGGAGGCCUACCUGCAGGAGAAGGACUCCGACGAGGCCGACAAGCCGGCCAAGGACAAAGACGAGGAGGACAUGGAGUUCACCGUAAGAGCAUACUGUGAGGCGCAGUACAACUCCGUGGCCAUGUUGGGGAACGUGAGCUCAGAAGCAUCUCGGAAAAAGGUAGUGGAGGAGGUGCAGCACCGCCAUCGCCUGAUUCCAGUGGGCCGGAAGAUUUACGAGUUUUAUAACGCGCCCAUAGUCAAGUUCUGGUUCCACACGAUGGCGUACGUGGGCUACCUGAUGCUGUUUAACUACAUCGUUCUGGUGAAGAUGGACCUGUGGCCUUCUCCUCAGGAGUGGAUCGUGAUCGCCUACAUCUUCACCAACGGCAUCGAGAAGAUGAGGGAGAUUCUGAUGUCGGAGCCGGGGAAGCUGCUGCAGAAGGUAAAGGUGUGGCUGCAGGAAUACUGGAACAUCACCGACCUCAUGGCCAUCCUCAUCUUCUCCAUCGGCAUGGUGCUCCGCCUCCAGGACCCGCCCCUCAUGAGCUAUGGGCGGGUCAUCUACUGCGUUAACAUCAUCUACUGGUACAUCCGCCUGCUCGACAUCUUCGGCGUCAAUAAGUACCUGGGCCCCUACGUCAUGAUGAUCGGCAAGAUGAUGAUUGACAUGAUGUACUUUGUGAUCAUCAUGUUGGUGGUGCUGAUGAGUUUUGGGGUGGCGAGACAGGCCAUCCUGAACCCAAACGAGGACCCUUCCUGGAUGCUGGCCCGCAACAUCUUCUUCAUGCCGUACUGGAUGAUCUACGGGGAAGUCUUCGCUGACCAGAUUGACCAUGUGAAUAGUAGGAAGCUACAGAACAGGCUGAAUGAAAAACUCUGGCUGGUCGAAAAUUACAUUCGAACUCAAGGAACUGGGCGUAACAGUGGUCCAUCCCAUAUAGCGCCGUGUGGACAGAACAUCACUACGGAAGAUGGCACCAUUGUUCCGCUUCCCCCAUGUAAGACUGGAGCGUGGAUCGUCCCCGCCAUCAUGGCCUGCUACCUGCUGGUGGCCAACAUCCUACUGGUCAAUCUCCUCAUCGCUGUCUUCAACAACACCUUCUUUGAGGUGAAGUCCAUCUCCAACCAGGUGUGGAAGUUCCAGCGCUAUCAGCUGAUCAUGACCUUCCACGAGCGCCCAGUUCUCCCCCCUCCCCUCAUCAUCUUCAGUCACAUGACCAUGGUCCUGAAGCACCUGUGCUGCCGCUGGAGGAAGCAUGAUGACGAUGAACGGGACUUUGGGUUAAAGCUCUUCAUCACAGAAGACGAGCUGAAAAAAGUCCACGACUUUGAAGAGCAGUGUAUUGAAGAGUAUUUCAGAGAGAAAGAUGAUCGGUUCAACUCUUCCAACGAUGAGAGGAUCCGUGUGACGUCUGAAAGGGUGGAGAACAUGGCCAUGCGCCUGGAGGAAGUGAACGAGCGGGAGCAUUUCAUGAAGGCCUCCCUGCAGACGGUGGACAUCCGGCUGGCGCAGAUGGAGGAGCUGAUCGGCCGCAUGGCCGUGGCACUGGAGAGGGUCACCGGCGUUGACCGGGGCGAGGUGAACAAGGUCCGGUCCAGGACCUCGUCGGACUGCACCGACACCAACUACAUCCUCCGGCAGAGCAGCUUCAACAGCCAGGAGGGAAACGCCUACCGGCUGCAGGAGUCUCUGGAGCAGGGUGGAGAGGAGUCAAUUUCUCCGACCUCGCCCACCGCGCUGGCUCCCCGAGCGAGGAGCCACUCCUUCUACGUGGGCCAUUCAUUCAGGGACAGGUCUGGGCCAGACCGCGCUGAGGGCUUUUUUAAGGAGCGCUCUUUGAGCCUGCACCGAGCUAACAGCUCACAGUCUGUAGCGUCAGGAGCUGCACCCAAAGACUGCAAGCCUGCACCUCUGAACACUCUGUCGGUGCAGCAGCAGCACCGGCCAUCGUCGUGUAUAGAUAUCUACGUGUCCGCGUCAGAGGAGGCCCAGCCAGCGGAGCGCUUCCUGGAGCCCAUCAGAACAGUGCCUCCCCUCGCUCGGGAAUCCUCGCUCCACUCCGAGAUCAUGGAGGCAGUGAUGUCCGGGGGGCGGGACUACAGCGGAAGGGCGGGGGUAAGCGAAAGACAGUGCGAUGGCGCGGUCUUGUUUGAAGACAGUGCCGCCGCUGACCUGUCGCUGUGCUCCGCCCAUCUGCUGCCGGACUCUCUGCCCCCCUGGGACAUUGAUCCGUCCCCUCCGCCCUCCGCGGGCAUCCUUGAACGCUCCAAGAGCAGCCGCUUCCUGUCUGCGGGAGGACCUCUGUUUCUGGACGAGCCUCCUCUGGUGAAGUCCCACAGCUUGAUGUUCACACCGCGCAGCUACUACGGAGGAAUCGGCGUGCAGGUGAAGGCAGCCGAGUACACCAGCAUCACGGACUGCAUCGAUACCCGCUGCGUCUCCACUCCGUACCCCGUGCCCGAGCGAUCUGACUCGCCCGGGGGCUCUUUUACCUUUGAGAAACCCCAAGAUAUGGGAACCUCCCACCCGGAGCGGGAAGCCGAGCUGAGCCACGCCGAGUCCGACCACGAGGAACCCGCCGAGGGUCUGGGCGACUCGAGCAAACCGUGUCCCAGCGCAGGGGGUGGGAGUAGCAUCGGGGUGGAUUUGGGCUUGGGCUUGGCUCUCGGGCCCUUUUGCUCACCGAUCUCCAGAUUGGAGAGAGCCAACAGCUGCUCCUCGUCAGAGGACUCCCACUCGAAUGUCUACACCCGGAAGAGCUUCUCAAUCAGCGAGCGCAUGGACAAGGGCAGAGGGGCCGCGAGGAACCCCUUCCAGAGGAGCAAGUCUGGGGCCAGACCCGAGGGCAAGACUGACACGCUGUCCUUGAGGAAGCUGGCCAAGCCUUCUGCCUUCCAGAGCUUCGACGGCAGGCACAACUACACGUGAUGAUGGCAGAGGUUGAGGGCAAGCCGUGGCUGACGUCGUAGAUCCACCGUAGUACACUGUAGUAGGAUGGAGGAAGCGGCUCUAAUUUGUUUGAUGUCCAAGGGCCCGUCCAUCAAGCAGCUAGCACUGUUUGGGUGAAUUAUGUGCUCUACAUCGUAAUGGUCUGUCAUGGUUAGCAAAUUAGCGCACUAUGACACACAAGUAGUACAAAUCCGGAUUUCCUUCGAUUAGACCGACUUCGCCUCUUGGCCAAAAAAAAGUCCGUCCCAGGUUCUUUGAACCGGUGCAGUCUAGCGUUUCUUCUUUCUGUGGGUUUCGGCUUGAAAUAGAAUAGGGGGAAUGUGUGUUCGUAACGAUGCGUGUCGAUACAUAACGGAAGAGGGCAUUCCCAUUCACACUUCUGUCGGUAGGUUAGUAAGCCAUGUCUUCGACUGAAUCCUCUGAAUCCUCUACUUUAAUCAACAUCCACCACGACUUAUGUCUUAAUCCGUUUGAUUCGAUUUUUUUAAUGCUUUAUUAUGUUUUGCUUAUACUGACGACAGGUUUGUCGUGCUUUUAAAUCCAAAUCGAAUUCAAUCUUAAAGUGAAAUAUUUUUAAGAGUGAGAUGAUGUGAGCAGAGUUGUGUGUGUAUAUAUAUAUAUACAGUAUAUAUAUAAAUAUAUAUAUAUAUAUAUAUAAAUUAUAUUUCAUUUUAUCUUGGACUUGUUUUUUGCUCUCAGUCGAGGAGGACUCCUGAGUUUAGGCGCACCUGCAUACGCAGACGCAUACUCAUACUCAUACAUAUAUACAUGCACACACACACACACACACAGACGCACCUAUAUUUCAUAUAUAUAUUUCCAGAUGUUGAAUGUAGAUGAAAGCGAGAUUUUUAUCAUAAGAAUAUACAUUAUAUCGAACCCUUGAAACACUUGCUUGUUAGACCCUUAUAGGGUGCGACCAGUGCUUUUUUUGCUACGUUCGUUUAUGUGACCUUUUUUUGAAAAAAAAUAAUCCACCAAUUUUUUUCAUCGUUUCUUCACAGUCACAGUUCAGUUCUUCUCUCAGUAUUUCUCUUUUUUGGCGCCAGCUGGUCUUUAUCAGGCCAAAUCAGGCUUGGUUUUCUGAUUUAAUUUUAAUUUUAGUGCACUCUCUCUCUCUCUUUCUUUAUUAUUUGCGUUAUUGUUAAUCACUCGGCCUCUGCCGCUCCUGUGGCACGAAUCAUCAUUUUUUUACCCUACAAUUCAUAGAAGUGAACACAAGAGGGCAGCAUGCUCUCAGCCAAAAAUCUAUUGCAGUUCAGCAGCUUGUUUUCUUAACAAAAACACACAAAAAGAAAUGUACCGUUAUGUUUAUUUCUCUUCACAGACGAGUUUAUUUGUGUAGACUUGCUAUGCAAGGAGCCGGGCGGGGAGCGAGCGGACAGGGCGUGGUUAUUUAUGCACUUUAGAACAGGUGUUGAUUUCAGGUAUGCACAUUUCUAAUCGGAACUGGCUAGCGCACCAUUUCGGGUAUGGUUUCAGGUAUGGCUGAGAGGUUUGGAAGACAAGGCCGGAGCUGCGGUUACUGUUCUUUUUUUUUAAAAAUACAUUUUAAAAUGAUAAAUGAUGAUUUAUCAUUUAUUUUUGCUUAAAAAAAAUCAUAAAUUUCUUUGCAACUUCCUUGCAGUUUUAUGUUUAAUCGAUAUAGGAUAUGAUUAUUAGGAUGAUUACACUGUAAUCUGUAAUUUAUGACAUGUAUAUACACGUACAUUUUAUUUCAUAGUUUAUUGAUUGAACGAAUCUUUGCGACUGUAUGAUUUUAUGAUUCUAUGAUUUUAUUUUUUAUUAUUUGGAUGGAUCUAAAAGAAGAAAAAAAGGCACUGGGUACAUAACGUGUUUUCUUUCAAGGAACGCCAUCGUUGCCAUAUAUAUUUAUAUUUACACACACACACACACACACAAAAUUUACACCCGAUUUAAUUCACCAUGCACCACGUCUUCUUUACGCUGGACUGUACGAAAAAAAAAAGAAAAAAGAAAAGAGCCCUGAAAAUUGUAAUGUAAUCUAUAUGGUAGCAGUAGACCUAAAAUGCUGAAGCAAUACUACAAAAUAAAAGGAAACCAUUAUGUGGUUUAUUAGCUGAAAUAAAGGUGUUAUAAAGUGAUGUUAGGAAGUCUGUCAGUGUCCACCACCUCCACCACGUAACAUGUAAACUAUUUAUUUUGCCUUAUUCAUGUGCAAUAGCGCUAAGAGAUUGAUUACUAAAGUUUGAUUGCUAAAAAACACUACAAAAAAAUAAAAGUAAUGGGAGAUCAUCUGUUUUAACCAAAAAAAAGGAAGGAAAAAUGGAAAACUAAAAAACAACUGCAGUCUGAAUCUAAAUGAACUAUUUAUAGUUGCAUAUUCAGAUCACUGUGGUUUAUUAUCAUUCUCACUUACACAAGUAUUUGCUGUCGUAUCACAACUCUUCAGAAACGAGGCACUUCAGCGAGAAAAGCUUUAAAAAACAAGGAAUGGUGGUGUGGAGAUGUAUAGAUUCUGGGUGGAGACUGGUUCCAGCACCUGAGGACGACAAAAAAGACAAAAACGGCUCAGUGCUUGGACCCCUUUUACUCUACAGUUAAGCGUUACAUCGCCAGCAAAAAAGAAAAAAAACCUUAAGCUGAAUAAAGUGUAGGGUCACUGUGGCCCCAAGGGCCAAAUUAAACUACCCCAUGGUUUCCUUGCACCCGCCCUCAUAAGCACCAGCUCACCACAUUCUCUGAAGGUUCUCUGAAGGUUCUGCAAACGUACCGUAAAAGUAAAUUCAGCGAGAAAAGAGCUAAAGCGAAGGUUUCUGUGCGUGCGAAACAAAAACGACCUACCUAGCGUUGUGCCAAAACCAUAUAUGAGGAAACUUCAUGUACAGUAUUUUCGUAAUAAUUUUCCUAUACUGUAGCAUACAGGUUUGUGAAUUACACUCCACUUUUAAACCCACGACCCCCUCCCUCUUUCCCUCCCUCCCUCCCAAAUCCUCCUUUUGAUUUUUUUUUUUUAAAUAUGAUUUGUGAGCACUUGUAUGCUAAUGAGUCCGAGCACAUGUUUUUUCCGCAAUAAUAUCGUAGUUUUAUCCGAAAGGGGUCAUAGUUGAUUUAGUGUCCUGAAAAAAAUGCAUGUCGUUCUUCCACAGGAUGUGAAGCGAAUUCUGGGAAAAGAGGGAAGUGAGGGAUCAGGGCGAGACGAGUCUUGUCCUCCCACCAUAGUAGGUCCAGUAUUUGGAUGCAAAUACAAAAAUAUGUAUUCUUUAAUAUUCCUUAAUGUGAAUAGGAUGUUUGGCAUGUAUUAAUAAAUAAAUGAAUAUUUAAGUGAA